AUGCCCCGGCGUCGGCCCAGCUCCUGUGCCCAGCAGGUGGCGCCCGAGGGGCUCCCCGGCGGUGGCGAUCGCAGACGGGAGAGAGACCCGCUGCUGCCGAGGCUGCUGCUGCCCGAGCUCCGAGCAGCCUCUGGCGCGGGGGCCUCCGGGGGCUCCAGGGCUUCGGAGGGCGGCGCCGAGUGGUGGGAGGCCCCCGCGUGUGAGUCCUCGCCCUCGGAUCCCGGGGUGGGCGUCAGGCGCCCCCGGUCGCGCCUGCCCGUCCUGCCCACCGUGGCCCAGCGGGCGGCCCGGAGCCGGACAAGGCUGAGGUCGCUGCUGCCGCCGCCCAUGCUCUUGGCCGGCGAGCCCCGGGACCGGCGCCCCGGGCCUGGACAGUGCGAGGACCCCCGCAGGGGCUCGGCCAGGGAGAACCCCGACUCUAUGGGCGACCUCCUAGGAGAGUUCCUCCCUGGCCGGUCCCGGCAGUUCCUGCGCCAGCUCAGGCCUGAGUCUGCGAAGCAGCCGCGACCACCGAGUGAGGCCCCUACGGCCCCCACGGGGGGGCUGAGUCAUUUCCGGAAGAGCCUGGUAAGGAUUGUCCCCAAGAGAAGACUCAGAACUAUUUCCACCUCCUCCUGGCUCCCAGCAUCCUCACCAUCACAGCAUCAAAGGGGUGUGUCAGAACACUCUGGAAGUCCUCCGCAGUGUCCCCGCUACUCCUUCCUCCCAGACCUGGGAGGCCAGUCAUUGUACUUCAAGAAUAGUCUUAAGAAGAUUUUGCUCCAUCAGAUACCUGCCCUGGGGCCCUUCAGGAGAGAUCACUCACAAUUCACCACGGUCGAGAAGACCAAUCUGCGUUAUGGGAGGAUGGGGCCCUGGUCCUCCCCUGCCCUUCUCAUCUCUCUCACCAGGCCCCACACUACACAGGCCCCCAAGCUCAAGGCCGUGCUCACCCACAGCUCCUCGGGGGAAGGCUCAGGGCACCGCAGGCGGUGUUGCCCCUUCCGCGUGCAGUUUGCAGAUGAGACGCUACGGGACACAGCGCUCCGCUACUGGGAACACAGCUGUGCAGUCCUGCAGGGCACCCUCGAGAACAGGACAGCCAGCGGGUCAGCAGCAUCGGAGCAGGUGUUCGGGAGUGUCGGGAGAUGGCUGGAGAGUUUGCCCAAAGCCCUGUAUCCCAGGGCCAAGGAGGACACCAUGGCCAACUCAUUCGGCUGGGACUUCCCUGGCCUGUCCCCCCUGGAGCCGAAGGGCCACCUCUCUGAGGACACCUCUAUGAACAGCAGCCUGCCCUUCAUCCCCAGGCCCACCACCCAGAGGUAGCGGAGCGGGGGCACCUGAAAACCUUUCUGGAGCAGGAGUCCUUCCUGCCCAGCUUGGUGUUGCACACACGGUCCUGAAACAAGGCCGCCCUAAGGGGCACCAGCUUCCCCUGCCGUCAACAUCACGUCGCGCUCAGAGGUGAAUGGCUGCUGGUCCCCAAGCCCAGGUGUGGACACGGGUGAGGGGUGAGGAGAGGCCUUCCCUGACCCACAAAUAAACGCACAUCCCCGGUGGCUGGUAUCUGCUGUCAGGGC